UGCAUCUGCAUCAACUGCAAGUGGGUCGACCGCUGCAAAACGUACCACUGGGUCGAGACGCAGCACGAGCAGGAGCACGUGACCGCGGCGCCCGAUUUUGAGCCGGUCGACCCGCAGAUCCAGGCUGCGGUGGCGGGCGAGAUGCUGCGGGACCUGACGACCGAGUUUGACGUGUUUGCAUGCGACGCCUUCACUGAGGACUCAGGGCGAUGGCUGCGUCUCAUGCCCGAC